UGACGCUAAUGGGGGGGUAGAGUAGAAAAUAUAUAUUUGACAGGGGUUUGACUGACGGGAGAUAAGGGGGCAGUAGUAGGCGAGAAGGACCUGCGUAUGAAACGAAAUUUAAGUUACUUUUUGUAUGUCGGUCACAUUUUCUUUGUGACUGUUGCCGUGAGUUGAAUCGUAUGUGAUGAUUAAUUCGGAAAGACACAGCAACAGGGCAUAGAACUACAGGAUGUCGCGGACAGUUUCAGUUUUUUGGAUGGGGAAGCACGACUAGAACAGUAAAACGCAACGCGGAAAAUAUUUAAAAGGGAGAAUGCGAAUGGUUAGAAGAGAUAGAAUUCAAACAAAAUGGAAACAAUGUAGCAUCGCUGCGGCAUUCCAUAUAGCUAUAAGCACUACUAGAGUAGAAAAUAGAGAGCUUGUUAACAAAUAUAAAUGUAACGUUACUUAUUAUUUAUCAGAAAAGCGCAAACAGAGUCUGUAGUAAACUGGUUGAAAUAAAAAUAGUUCGUUGGUGUCCCCAGCUACCAAAGAAGAGAACUCAAAUAUGCUACGGAGAAGACUGAACCGUUUGUUUGGUAGGGACGAGAGGAGGGUAGACAGCAGGACCAUCUACGUAGGCCACCGGCCCUGUCCCACCACCGACGCUUUCAUCCCCCCCAAGUUCUGUGACAACAGGAUUGUCUCUUCCAAGUACACGGUGUGGAACUUCCUGCCGAAGAAUCUGUUUGAACAGUUCAGAAGAAUCGCCAAUUUCUACUUCCUCAUCAUCUUUUUGGUGCAGGUGAUUGUAGACACCCCCACCAGCCCAGUCACUAGUGGCCUGCCAUUGUUCUUCGUCAUCACAGUAACAGCCAUUAAACAGGGCUAUGAGGACUGGCUGCGGCACAAGGCAGACAAUGAGGUGAAUAAGUACCUGGUGACGGUGCUGGAGGACGGCCGGAGAGCACGCAAGGAGAGCGAGAAGAUCAAGGUCGGGGAUGUGGUGGAGGUGGUGGAGGAUGAGACCUUUCCCUGUGACCUCAUCCUGCUGCAGUCCAGCCGGGAGGACGACACCUGCUUUGUCACCACGGCCAGUCUGGACGGGGAGUCCAACCAUAAGACACACUACACAGUGCCAGACACAGAGAAGGGCCUGGAGUCUCUCAGCGCCACCGUGGAGUGCGAGCAGCCGCAGCCUGACCUCUACAAGUUUGUGGGGCGUAUGCACAUCUACAAGAAUGACCAGGAGCCUGCUGUGAGGUCUUUGGGUCCAGAGAAUCUCCUCCUGAAAGGCGCUACCUUGAAGAAUACUCAGAAGAUUUAUGGAGUGGCAGUGUACUCUGGCAUGGAAACCAAAAUGGCUCUGAACUACCAGGGGAAGUCCCAGAAGCGGUCUGUGGUGGAGAAAUCUAUCAAUGCCUUCCUGCUGGUGUACCUGUGUAUCCUGGUGAGCAAGGCCCUGGUGUGCACCACGCUCAAGUACGUGUGGCAGAGCCAACCAGGCCAGGAAGAGCCCUGGUACAACCAGAAGACGCAGAAGGAGAAAGAUGCCAACCUGUACCUGAAUAUGUUUACUGACUUCCUGUCGUUCAUGGUGCUGUUCAACUUCAUCAUCCCCGUGUCCAUGUACGUGACGGUGGAGAUGCAGAAGUUCCUGGGCUCCUUCUUCAUCUCCUGGGACAAGGACUUCUUCGACCCCGAGAUCCAGGAAGGGGCUCUGGUCAACACCUCUGACCUCAACGAGGAGCUAGGACAGGUGGAGUAUGUGUUCACGGACAAGACGGGCACUCUGACCCAGAACAGCAUGGAGUUCAUCGAGUGCUGCAUCGACGGCUUCCAGUACAAGAACCGUGACUCGAGCACCGAGUUGGGCGGCUUCUGUGUCACAGAUGGACCCGUGAGCAUGCUGCAGCAGAAGGCUGGCAGGGAGGAGGAGGAGCUGUUCCUGCGGGCUCUGUGUCUGUGCCACACGGUGCAGGUCAAGGAGUCUACGGGUCAGGAGGACGGGGUUGGGGACCAGGUGGACGGUGUCCUGGGGCUGGACGGAGAGAUGGUUCACCCUGCAGAGCUCAGGGGCUUCAUCGCCUCCUCACCCGACGAGGUGGCACUGGUCAAGGGAGCCAUGAAGUAUGGUUUCACAUUCCUAGGUAUGGAGAGCAAGAACAUGAGAGUGAUGAACAGAGACAAAGAUGUUGAAACGUACGAGCUGCUUCAUGUGUUGAACUUUGACCCGGUGAGAAGACGUAUGAGCGUAAUAGUACGAUCCAAAUGCGGGGACAUCAUGCUGUUCUGUAAGGGGGCCGACUCCUCCAUCUUCCCCCGUGUCAGGCAGGAGGAGGUGGACAGGAUAUGCAUGCACGUGGAGCGCAACGCUACGGAAGGCUACCGGACACUGUGUGUGGCCUACAAGCUGCUGAGUUCUGAAGAGUACGCCCAGGCAGACGCAGGGCUGAGGGAAGCCAGGCUGGCCCUGGAUGACCGAGAGGAGAAACUCAUGGCUGUCUACAACCAGGUGGAGACUGGGAUGAGCCUGAUCGGAGCUACUGCCGUGGAGGACAGGUUGCAGGAGGAGGCAGCGGAGACCAUGGAGGCCCUGCAGCGGGCUGGCAUGAAGGUGUGGGUUCUUACGGGGGACAAGAUGGAGACGGCCAAGUCCACGUGCUACGCCUGCCGACUGUUCCAGAGGGGCACAGAGCUGCUGGAACUGACGGUGCGAACCCUGGAGGACGGUGGGAGGAGGAGAGAAGAGCGCCUGCAUGAGGUGCUGUUAGACUACCACAAGAGGGCAGUGCAGGACACUCCACCGGUUAAGACUGGGAUCACCAGGAGCUGGACUUCAUCUAAGCAGGACUACGGCUUCAUCAUAGACGGAGCCACUCUGUCCUUAGUGUUCAACUCCUCUCCUGACUCCAGCCACUACAAGAGUCUGUUACUCCAGAUCUGUCAGAACUGUACCACUGUGCUGUGCUGCCGUAUGGCUCCCCUACAGAAGGCCCAGAUCGUGAACAUGGUGAAGAACUCUAAAGGCAGCCCUAUUACCCUCUCCAUCGGAGAUGGAGCCAACGAUGUCAGUAUGAUCCUGGAGGCACACAUUGGCAUCGGUAUAAAAGGUAAAGAGGGUCGCCAGGCAGUGAGGAACAGUGACUAUGCCAUCCCUAAACUCAAGCACCUGAAGAAACUGUUACUGGGACACGGGCACCUCUACUACGUUCGGAUCGCCCACCUGGUGCAAUACUUCUUCUACAAGAACCUCUGCUUCAUCUUACCUCAGUUCUUGUACCAGUUUUUCUGUGGAUCUUCCCAGCAACCCCUCUACGACGCAGCCUAUCUGACGAUGUACAACAUCUGUUUUACCUCAAUGCCUAUCCUGGCCUACAGCCUCUUGGAGCAGCACAUCUGUAUGGAGGUCCUGAUGAGCAACGCCACCCUCUACAGGGACGUAGCAAAGAACGCCAUGUUGCGUUGGGGCCCCUUCCUGUACUGGACCCUACUUGGGGUCUACCAGGGCCUCCUGUUUUUCUUUGGUGUCCGCUUUCUCUUUAGUAACCCCGCCCUGCAGGACAAUGGCCAGGUGUUUGGAAAUUGGUCGUACGGAACAAUUGUUUUUACUGUCCUCGUCUUCACCGUUACGCUAAAGCUGGCUAUGGACACGCGCCAUUGGACGUGGAUCAAUCACUUUGUCAUCUGGGGCUCGCUGGCCUUCUACGUGUUCUUCAGCUUCUUCUGGGGAGGAAUCAUAUGGCCCUUCCUUCGGCAGCAGCGUCUCUACUUUGUGUUUGCUAACAUGCUGAGCGCUGUGUCGGUCUGGCUGGUCAUCAUUCUCCUCAUCCUGCUCAGCCUGCUGCCUGAGAUCCUGCUGCUGGUCCUCCGCAAGCCGCGCUGGCCCCACUCUCGACAGAAGAAGCUGGUGAUUCAGUCGGGCGAGGGGGAAACCCGCUCUUCAGCCAGGCCCCUGCUAAUGCGAACCUUUUCAGACGAGUCCAAUACUAUGCUAUGAACAGGUACCAGCCCCAACUCUGCGGCCUAGUUAAACCAAUCAGAUAACCCCCUUGAAACAAACCCUUUAGCAGCCUAUAUCUGCCGGGGCCCAUUACCCCUUAACUGUAACCAGAAUCCAGUAUUCUACUCCAAAUCCUGCUUUCUGUGCCUUCAAGAAUGAGGAUCCUUUUUUAAGAACUCGGUUCAGCCCUCUAUCACUUACCAUAACCCAUACUUCCUGUGUGGUGAACUCUUAUUGGUUGGCUGAAAAGUGUGUUCGUCAUAAUGUCUGCUUCAUAUUUUGCUUGUGAUAUGUGUACAUACAGGUAACUGACAAAAUAAAGGAAUCACUUGAGUAAAUGAGGGAUACAAAGUAUAUUGAAAGCAGGUGCUUCCGCACAGGUGUGCUUGCUGAGUUAAUUAAGCAAUUAACAUCCCAUCAUGCUUAGGGUCAGUUAUAAAAAUUCCCAGUUAUCCAUUAUUUUUGCUACCAUGGCCAGAAGAGAGCUCAGUGACUUGUAAAGAUGGGUCUCAAAGGAGCGUAGGGGGAUUACUGCAUUUUUUAUUUUUUUUAUUAAAAAAAAGUUUUGUUAGAUUAAAUAAUCCGGUUUCCCGUAAAUGCAUUGUGGGUUGAAUGCUUUAACACAGAAGAAAACAAUUAAUCAAUGCCCCAUGAUGGUAGUGACUGCCCUUUACAGUUUUAACCAUUUAUUCACAUUGCUUGAAUAUAUACAGAAAUAUUUUAUUUGACUUUAUUAUUUCAUUCCAAGUCAUCUUAUCUCUAAAGAGCUACUGCUUAUGCUGUCUGACAAAAUCACUAUUUUAGUAGUUCUUCAAAGUAAAUAAGGCAAACUUUAAUGACUGCUGAAUACCAACUAUCACACUUGGAUCAUAUAUUUUCAGGUUGACACCUUGCAAAGCAACUGCUCUCUAUCCCCCUCAAUCAAGCAUUCUUCUAUCUCUUCUCUCCAUGUCUGCCCCUCACAAUUUUUUACAUUUUAUUUAACCUUUAUUUAACUAGGCAAGUCAGUUAAGAACAAAUUGUUAUUUUCAAUGACGGCCUGGGUUAACUUCCUUAUUCAGGGGCAGAACGACAUAUUUUUACCUUGUCAGCUCGUGGAUUCGAUCUUGCAACCUUUUGGUUACUAGUCCAACGCUCUAACCACUAGGCUACCUGCUGCCCCUAACCUAAUGUAGCAGGUGUAAAAUAAACACAGACCGGACACGUAGGCACAAUGGAUUGUAGUUAAUUAUCACGUUUUCUGCUCUAAACUAUUUAGAAUAUUUGCUCGUUGGAAACCACAACUCCUUACUGCGUAGCACAGUUUGGCCUUGAUCUGAUUCAUCUCUAGAGAAACUGCAAAAUAUUGACAUUGAGCUCACAGGGAAAAAAUAAUUUAACUGACAUUAGUCAAUUAGUUUGAAAACCAAAAAAUAACCAACAUUUCAGAUAAUCGCUCAGCAUGUGUCUCACCAUAUCUCAGCCCAAUUGAACACUUCUGGAAGAUUCAGGAGCGGCGCCUGAGACAGUGUUUUCCAACCUCAACAAAACCUCAUUAUGGAAUUUCUCAUGGAAGAAUGGUGUCCCAUCCCUCCAAUAGAUUCUGAAGUGUCUGGAACUCUAUCCCAGGGAUGGAACUGUGUUGGGGUCUCAACUUACUGUUGCGAGUUAGAAUAGUAGAAUACACGAGGUGCAAUUUCAAAAUUGGUUGAGCAUCAGCAGUAAGUCCCUGAUUUAGUCAGUCAAUUAGCCCAUGUCAGCAAUUCUUUGGGGGGGGAUUGCUAAAUUGGUUUUGUGGCCAGCUACCUAAACUUGUUAUCAUGGUCGAAUUACCUGCUGCGGGGGACCCCAUUGAUUUUGUAAGUCAGUCUCACUCUGAAAUAAUAUUAAAAACUGCAAACAUUUCUCACUAAAAUGUUUUGCUCACAGAGGGGGUGUAUGGAUUUGGGGUCAUGGACCCACGAGCAACUGCGACCCCUCAUGAUGAGUUUAUAUAUUGUGUCCCCCGCCCCAUGAAAGUUGCCCAUCCCUGAUCUGUAUCAAGGCACAUUGAAGCUGUUCUGAUGGCUCGUAGUGGCCCAAUGCCCUAUGAAGACACUAUGGUGUGUCCUUAAAUUAUUGCAGUUACCUGUACAUGCUGUACGUCCUUAUGGACAAAGUUAAGUCAAAAGAUUUAGAUUAACAUUCAGUCAGUUGAAAGUUUUUAAGGCGUCGCCAGGACAAUGAUGAAUGCUCCUUUCAGCCUCCAAGUAGACGAACUGCUCAUUGUGUCCUUGCAUGUGCUCUUUUUAAUGAUUUCAUGUUACCUUUUUGAAAUAAAAUAUCAAGUCUCCCGUGGAUGGGGAUUCGUUUGUGUACAUGUUAAAAGGGUGAAUGUGAGUAAGUCUGUUUUGGUUUUUCUUUCGGCUCCAUGUAUGUAAUUAAACAUUGCAGGCCUCGUCAUCUGCCAUUUUUAUUUCUCCCCUCAUGGCGUUGUCAUUUAUGUGGUGGUUGUAUUAUAUAUAUUUUUUUACCCUGGUUGCAUGUGCAAUAACAUGCUUGUGUGUCACUGGCGCCUCGUGUUUUUUCAUUUGCAAGUGCUUCAUUCUAAGUGGCGACUAUCGAGCUUAGCUGACUGCAUGUUAUGCCAUUGCUUUGCCAGGUAUAUUAAAUGUUGAGCUUACUACUGAACGUCGUCUGAGGGUUUGGGUUCCAUUUAUUGGAAUGGCAGUGAAGUGUUAACACCAGGCUUUACGUUCCCAUCCCUCAUCUUCAUUUAACCUGUUUAUCUGUUCUUCCCAGCCUUCAGAGGACGGACUCCUACAGACAUCCAGGUAAAACAAGGGGCUAAUCUCGCAUGUCUAACCCCUCGGUUAUUGCUCAUGGUCAUGGGUGUCUUGGGUUCCCGUCACUUCACCAGAAUCCUGGUUGAUGAUCACGUUCAAUCAGAGCAAUAGACAUUCAAUGAUAGAUUCCAGCUGAUCUCUGUUUUCAGGGGAGGUGUGUCCAAUCGAUUUUUUUCUGGGGGUAUGUUGUCAAUUCUCCUCGUCAAUCCUAUCCUUUUUAAUGCUGUCGGUGUCAUGGUGUGGCUGGGUCUUGCCACCAUCCAGUGGUUGGCAAUUGGCAGGAGCAGGUUUCUGUUUAUAGAGGUGGACUGACUUCUGUGUGUGUGUUUUGUAUGUCCUCUCCAGAUCGCUGCCGUCACGCCCUUGUCCUACAAGCACCUGAAGGAGCGGGAGUAAAGGGCACAAAGGAGGAUCAACUACCCUGCCCAUGGCACUCUGGCUGCCUGAACUUUUGCCUGAUCUAAAAAGCAAAUGGAAAACAACGUAAUAGAAAUGAUAAAAGACCCAGGGAUGACUCCAGCAGUGUUUUGACUGAGUAUUCCACUGCUCCCUCCGUCCUUCCCCCUCUUCCUGUCUCCCUCUGCAUGUCUGCAGUGCAGAUUGCUGCAGCACAGGCCAUUUUUACCACGUUUUUACUGGACUCUUCAAACAUGAGAGGCAUGAGUUUCCGGAGUUUAUUUUUCUGUCCUUUGAAUACUACGAUUGCGGGGGGGGCGGAAAUGCGUACACAGCUGCCUUGUCAGAAGUACUCCUACGGUCGGCUGUGUUCUAACAUGCAGCCACACCUCCACUGUCCCAGAAUGAUUCAUCUGCAUGAAACUAAGGAGGCCUCAUGAAUGCCACAUUCCACUUGUUAUUUGUAUUUUUCUGCAAGGUUUGUGUUAUUUUUUAAAAUUAAAUGUCACCUAACUUUCUGAAACAAAAAUUCCACUGCACCAGAUCCAAAUCAUAGUUUAUAAGUUACAUGAUUCCAGUCAAGUCCAAUGCAAAGACAGCAUAUUCACUCAGGGCAGACUGCACUGAACACAGGUUACUGGAUGUCUUCAAAAUGUCUUUGCCUUGAAUACUGAGUGUUUUUAGAGCACAACCCCCUACUGGGUUAAGUCUCUAUUUUCCCAUCUCCCCAAAGUGUGUGAUGAAUCGAAAUGACUGGUAAUGAGUUGUGCUUGCCAACAUUUCUACCUGGUUCAGUGUUUGUUGCAUGACUUGAAUCUUCCCACCUUAAGGCCGGUGAUCGUUUAAGAAAAUCCCAAAUGUAUUGAAAAUUAAUAUGUGCUGUGUAUCGCUUAACCUGUUUGAAUAUCUAAAGCUUGAUGCCAAAAAUGUGUCUGAGCUGGGGAGAUGCAAGUGUCAUGCCCAGCGCCGUCCAAAUGAUUUCAAACUAUGUUGCUGAGAGAGUGUGUGUAUCUGUGCCCAGCAGCACAAUUAUACUGGAUGGGAAUCAUGGCCUCAAAGCAACCUGUGUGUGUUACAUUGAGACACGUUUAACCAGGAUACCUGGAUCUACCUUGUACAUUUAGCAUGUGGUUGUCAUGACCUGUCCUCUAAAGGACUUCAGGGGUUCUGUGGAGCACGCACACACCUAUGGAUCCAAACAUGCACUAAAAGCCUAAAAUGAGUGAUAUUUGUCCCAUUACCAGUUAGUGUUGUUUGUCAAAGGUGUGCUGAUGUUGGUGGGUAAAGAUCCCAACUUCAGACUUCCUCUUUCGUGUCACCAUAGGUAAUGCCACUGUGAGGCUUUCUACCCACCUGCUACCAUAGAUGUUCAUGUAUCUCCAGUUACGCUGUCUGAGAUGGGUUUCUUACAGAAAGACGGUUCUGACUUCUAGCGUUAGUGCUUCAUACAUUCCAUUUCUACAUGCCAUGAGUUUGAAUCACUUUUAGACACUAUAUGGGAAGAUGUUUUGGAACAUGUGAAAAUCUAUUUGACAUAUUUAUUGUUCUGUGUAAUUUUACUCACAAAUUGUAUAUUUUUAUUACAUGAAUCUUUUUUUUUGUAGCGAAUGAUCGGCCUUGUGCUUCUUCAGUAUGCCUGUGUCACUUCAGACCAGAUGUGUGCCCAGUGCUAACCCAUAUAAUCUGUAUCUCACACACGCACCCUGCAGGUAUAUCCUACCUUACACCUCUACUAUAUCCUCUCCCUCCACCGGUCUGGUCGCAGGUCGGAUCACAGAGCACCGGUUAGAUCAGUUCAGUCAUAUCCAGCCUUGGAAUGGAGCUUCUUCUAUGUUUGCCACAGAGGGAUAUGCCUGGGAGUAGGUGCCCUAUUGGCACCUCUAGUCUCUUAAAGGCCAUAACAGGUCGUGUACAGCCGUCAUGUAGCUAUUACAGUAUCUCCUCAUAUGAUGAUUAGCAUCACUGAUGGUUGUAGUUCCUAAGUUGAGUAUCCUUAGUCCAGAUGGGCUCCAUUCCAGCUCCUUAGUGGUUGGAGAUACUGUAAUAGCUACAUGAGGCCUGUACAUGACCUGUGACGUACUGAGCAUGUGCAGCCUGGUGCCCCCUCCCCUCUGUCACACUUGGCAGAAUUCAAGACAUGGCUCCCAUGCCAAAUGUGAUUUACCGUACUUCCAUCAACCUCAUAUUUAACUUAACUUUCAGUUAAGAAAAAAUUCCUAUUUUCAAUGACGGCCUAGGAGCAGUGUGUUAACUGCCUGUAUCACAUGCUGUACCAUCUUGUGGAGGAGAAAAUUAUAUAUUUACCUUGACUUCAAGGGUCUAGAGUUUCCAGAGGGUUGUCUACACCAGAUGGCUGUAAUACGGGGAACCCUUUGUAAUGUUUCCUUUUGAAACACUAAAGCUAUGAGGAGUAUGGACUGUGCUCAGACUAACGUGAAGACACCGGUGGACUUUCACCUACCUGGGCUCGGUGUCCUAGGUCAGUCGGGUAGGAGGACUUUCUGUAUGUUUUAAAAAACAAAAACAAACCUUUAACAUUACAUCGGAGAUGCUAAAAUGCUUUAAAAAAGUAUUGGAUACUCAUGUUUGGCCUGACAAAAUACGUAAAAUAAUUGAUUGUAUUUUAAAUGCAACCUUUUUCCAGCUACUUUUGUAAGAAUAAUCAAAACGUCCAAAAAAAGCACGAGAGGCUGGGUGAAUGUGGAGAAUGACCCUGUCCGCGGGUGACUGCUGUGGUGGGGUGCCUUAGGUUCUACGGGCACAAAAUGGGCACUUCACAUCUGGCCCCUCAGUCUCCAGCCUCGGCACUCUGAACGUCCGAUCUGAAUGUACCACUUUAAGACCAGUAUGUUCAACAGUUUUUCUGCAAUAAAACACUGUUUUGAAGAAAA